AUGGACAGCUCGCGCCACGGCACGUGGGCCCGCCACUGCCGUCCGCCGGCCGCCGGCGCCGACGCGUCGCUGCUGGUGGCGCUGCAGAGCCAGGGCCUGCGGGUGACCUGCAGUGCGCACGGGUGGAACCAGCGCGCCCACCCGGCCGACGCCUGGGUCGACGGCCGGCCGCCGCCGCGGCUCGGUCCGCGCCCGUGGCAGCCAGAGUCGGAACGGACGGCCGCGCGCGCCGGCACCUCCCUGCCGUGCUCGCCAGGCCGCUCCUCCGACGAGGGCUGCACCAGCCACGACAGCCUCACCGACUCGUCUCGGCCCGGCACCAGCAGCGACGAGGACACCGACAACAGUUUCGUGCUCGACUGCAGCCGGCCGACGCAGCGGCCGCGGCGCACGCGGCACUGCCACCGGCCAGCGCCGGAGCCGCCGGCGCGGCCCGGCACCCCGCGGCCGCCGCUCCGACACCGGGAGCACAGCAACGAGUUCCACAUGGUCAAAAUCAAAAUGUCCAAGGUGUACCACAUCAGCUCACAAAACGAGGCGGCGCGCCGGCGCGAGGUCUCCGUCAGCGAGCUGGUGCCGCCGCCGGCGCACCGUCCGCCGCCGCUGGCCCGGUCGGUCAGCGCUACCCUGACCGGCGAGCGGCGCCUGCUGCCGGCAGCUACCAGCACGAUGCCGCGGCCGCCGUCAGCCGGAGAGCCGUUCAAACCGGCGGCGUUCGGCGCCGCUCUGCUGCCGCUCGACGACCGCCACUCGCCUCCCGAGUGCGGUCCUCCGCAUCCACCGCCCCCGCCGGCGCCCGAGACCGGCCGCGACCGACCGGCACCGGCGCCGCCUCCGCCGCCGGGCAGGGCCGGCCAGCCCCGCGGCGUGCGCGCUCUGCCCUUCCCGCUCAACAAGAAAAACGGCAAGAUCCACUACCAGUGCAACCAGUGCUGGAAGACGUUCGGCCAGCUCAGCAACCUCAAGGUGCACCUGCGCACGCACAGCGGCGAGCGACCCUUCACCUGCCAGGUGUGCGGCAAGAGCUUCACUCAGCUAGCUCACCUGCAGAAACACAACCUGGUGCACACAGGAGAGCGGCCGCACAAGUGCCACAUGUGCGGCAAGCGUUUCAGCUCCACCUCCAACCUGAAGACCCACAUGCGGAUCCACUCUGGCGAGCGGCCGUACGCGUGCAACCAGUGUCCGUCGCGGUUCACGCAGCUGGUGCACCUGAAGCUGCACCUGUGGCUGCACACGGGCGAACGGCCGUUCGUGUGCACCAGCUGCGGCCGGCGCUACGUCAGCACGUCGGGUCUGCGCAGCCACCAGAAGACCUCGUUCUGCGGCCGGCUGGCGCCCGCCGAGGCCCACGGCGGCCCGACCGGCACUCCGCCGGCACCCCAGUGGGGCUAG